UCCACCCGUCGUGCUCGUGCUCGUGCCGCGGGCUACUCGUGAUCCGCCACCCACCCACCACCCCACCAUCAACAUCACACCACGGAAAAGAAAAAGGAAAAAAGGAGCUUCCUUUCUUCCCCCCUCCUCCUCGGAUUGGAUCCCUUCCCUCCCCUCUGAUUCCAUUUGGAGGCGAGGUGACGGUGGAGUGGAGAUCUUGACAGGACUGCCUGCGCUCCACCCUCCGCCCUCCGCUGCCUCCUCGCUCCCCACGGCGGCGACACCCACCGGCGACGCGCGGCGAGCCCUGAAUCAGCGACUAUGGCGGCCUUGCCAUUGGCCACGGCGGAAGUCUGUGACGCCAACUCGCACCUGAUCACCGGCGGCGAGCUCCGGGCGCUCCAGCCAAUCUUCCAGAUCUACGGGAGGCGGCAGGUCUUCGCAGGGCCCAUCGUGACGCUCAAGGUGUUUGAGGACAACGUUCUCGUGCGCGAGUUCCUGGAGGAGAAGGGCCAGGGCAGGGUGCUGGUGGUGGACGGCGGCGGCAGCCUGCGGUGCGCCAUCCUGGGCGGCAACCCCGUCCAGCAGGCGCAGAACAACGGGUGGGCGGGCAUCGUCGUGAACGGCUGCAUCCGGGACGUGGACGAGAUCAACGGGUGCGACAUCGGCGUGCGCGCCCUCAACUCACACCCGAUGAAGGCCAACAAGAAGGGCAUGGGCGAGAAGCACGUCCCCAUCACCAUCGCGGGCACCCGGAUCUGCGACGGCGAGUGGCUCUACGCCGACACCGAUGGCAUCCUGGUCUCCAGGACCGAGCUGAUUGUGUAGGAAAGGCCGUCGCCUCACUGUCUGUGUUGUUCCACUCUGUGGUUGUAUUUGCUUGUCUGUAACAUGAUGGAUGAAUGAAAUAUGAACUUGUAAUAAUUGUAAGCUUAUCUUGCCUGAUCAAAUGGAACGAGAAAUACGAAUAAAAUUGUGAGUUGAUGAA